GCAGCAAAUUGCGGCGAUAAUUACAACUACAAAUAGAUUUGCGCGGGAAAACAGCUGGCAGUAGUGUUCAGCAACACUCAGUUGUAGAGUUGCCAGGACUAGUCCAUCUAUCGAUAGGUAUUUGAGACGCUUAUCGAUGCUUUUACAUUGUCUUGCGCUUGUGUUUGGCUGGUGACGCGCUUCUCAUUGCCGCCAUUUGAAAUAAACGGUGAAGGAAGGCAUUUACAGUAAAAAUUGUGUUUUUGUGCUGCUGUAAAAUGGAAGAUUUACUCGAAGUUUUGCGUAAUUCCCUCAAAUUGGAGGACGAAUUAAAUUCGUUACGCCAGACUUAUUUUGAGGAACUGGAUCAAUUGUUUUAUGGCAUAACUCCAACAGAAUCGGCCAGCGAAGCGCCCGAAAUUGUAGCACCGAAGCCAAUAAACACGUCAAUUACACCACAGCAGACGAAAAAGCGGCCAAAGCGUUUGGCAUCCCUGGCCGAAAAUGAGGACAAUGAUGAAAGUGAUACCUCUGCCACGGGCGAGAAUGUUUCACAGCGUUCGAGUCUGCGCAAGAACAAUUCGCAGCUGUUGGCCGUGGCUCAAGAAGAGCCUGAAGAAGAGCUCAAUACAACAGGAGCACUGAUGCCGCCGCCUCCAAUUCCAGCUCCUGCUCCUGCUCAUGCUAUAGUUUCUGCUCCAGUUGCAGGAACACCAGCAGCUGAGACUAGCAUGAGCGGUCGACCACAACGUGCGGCCAAAUUACGUUCGGAGAAGAACCUCAAGGAACCAUCGUUACAUAGCAAAUUACGUCGGCCGAGCAACGAUGAGUUAAUCAAAGUGAAAUUAGAGUGUGAACAGCGUGCUUCACAAGCCCAUCUGACCCAUAUGGAGACCAACGUCACACGCACUGAAGCAGCGCCCUUGGAGGUGUCUCAGGCAAAGACCAAGGAAUCCAGCAUCGCAGCUAACACAACCGGAGUACGCGUCAUGGUGAAGCGGGAGAAGCUCAGCUGUGAUUCAUCGGCGACGCUGGAGGCAACGAAAACAACGCUCACGGAUGAGACAACCGUGCUGUCUAACACAACAACGGUGGCCAAUUCAACGGCAACUGUAGCGGCAGUACCCGCUAAGAGGGGACGGAAAAAGAAGGAAGUGUGUAAGCCAAUUAAAGUGGAACGUUUUAGCGAUCUCGACAAGCCAUUGCCCGUCUCUUCGCGCACACGUCAAGGCAGCAAUGGAGGAGCACGCAAUUCCCAGGAAUCACAAGCGCCAUCACAGCGUUCCAUUUAUGAGGAUGCCAUUGAAGAGGCAGCACCUCAAGGGGCUGCUGUUGUCAACAAAACAAUGACCCUGCCCAAUGUGGGCAAUGUAGAGGCCACAGGAAAUGCCACAGUUACACUAAAUUCUGAUGCCACAUUCCAAGUGGCAGAUGACCGUGGAGAUGACGAGAAAGAAGAAUCUAUGGAGACAGCGCGACAGGGCAGCAUGCCCAAGACGGGCCAAGAGAAUAGUCUGUUAACUGAUGACGAAUCGAUUGUUGAUGUGAAACCCAGCAAAAAUGUGGCAAGCAAGAUGCCACCAGCAGCCCUCAAGGCCACCAAGAUGGCAACGCGAGCUCACGAGCUGUUCAAUCCUUUGUUGCAGAGUCCGGUCAAAAUGCGCGUUGAAGCGUUUGAAAAUGCAGCCAAUGCGCAGUCUACUCUUCGCUCAAAGCGUGUCAAAGAAGUGGCCGCAAGCGGUAGCAACACGACUCCCGUUAUUGGCAAAUUGCCAGCACCUGCUUUGGGACGUUUCCUCACCCCAACUCAAAGCGCCACUGCGCUGCCCGUGAGCUCGUCGGUGGGCAAGAAGGCGCCAUUGAGCGCCAAGGCGGCACCACUAAUGAAGGCCAACACGAUGUCGACGUCGAGCAAAACGUUGUCCAGAGAGAACAGCGGCGAUGAUUUUCGUAAGGGCCUCCAUCAGCUGGCUGAGGAGAGGAAGAAGCAGCGUGAACAGAAACAUUUGCAGGCAGCUCAGCAACGCGAGGUCAAGGAACGAGAACGUGCCGAACGCUUGGCCAAAUUGGCCAAGGAACGCGAGGAGAAGCGACUCAAAAAGGAAAAAAUGGAAGAACGCAAGCGACAGGAAAUGGAGGAACUGCAGCGUAAAAUGCAGCAACAGGAUGAGGCAGAACGUCUUAAGAAGGCGAAGCUUAAAGAGCAAGAACGCGAAAUGUUGCAUCACAUGAAGAUGCAACAAAAUUCAGCUAAGGCAAUGAUGCCACCGCCACCGAAGUCCAAGUAUACGUUCGAAAUGCUGCACGAAGAUGAUUCCACGGACGACGAAGGCAAGGUGUCCCACAAGCGUCCGCCUGUGCCCAACUGGAGUCGCUCACACGUUCGUGGUCCUGCAAUCUCUAUGCAGAGUCAUUGUCCAACCGAUGUCAUUGACAGCUUCUUCUCGGUGGAACCAACCACGCCGGAUCUGAAGCAGAUCUUCCCCAACAUCGAUCCCAGUCAUUUGAAGCGCAACUCGAGUGUCUUGUGGUCCACGCCACCGCGCUACUCCGAGUUGCCAAAAUAUUAAUUACAAGAGUUAGGCAAAAUUUGCAAUUAGUAAGCAAUCUUUUUAUGAUUAUUAUUAUUACUAUUUAGAAUGCACAAAAAGCUGUCACCCAUUAUCGUACAUUGUUUAUCGGCAAUAGCCAAAUGUUUUCAUUACAAUUUUUUAAUUCAUUAAUAACUAAGUUAUCUUAAUUAUACGAGCAAACUCUGGACAUACGUCCAGUGACCGCAAAAUGCAUUGGUCAAGUAUGCCGCUGUUUAAUGGGUUACGAGAAGUACCGCAAAACGGAAUCGCAGUCACAGAUUGAGCUUAUAGUUUUGACAUUAAUACCCAAGUGCUUAGAACUAUUAAAGCCGCCGACGUGCUCAAUUAUUGCCAAGUUUUUCCAUUAACAGGUGCGCUAGCCAAACAAUGAAAUAUGAAAAGUGUAAAAAUAAUAAAAAAUAAAUACCAUACUAUAGAGAAUAA